AUGAAUGCCUACUUUGACGAAGUCCCCACCUCCGCGUCACUGCUCAUGCAGUGCGGCUACCGCAGCAAGGUCUGCACCAACCUCCGCGCCACUAAGAUUGACGGAACUCUCCAUAAACUCUGCGAGUUCCACCGCCGCAAGGCCAAUCUGAACCAGCAGCGACUACACAAGCGGAAGCGCGAGAAGCGGUCCGCCCAGCAGCUCUGUGAGCCAAUGAAGGAGGUUGCGCCU